CAGGAGCAAGAGAGAAGCGCGCGACCAGUAUCUUACCCUCCUCACAUCCUCCUUUUUAGAAACCGUCCUUUCCUCCAAGUCGGGGACAAGGGAGGAUAGUGAGACCUAAAGGAAAGCGAGACUGGCGGAUAAGAUGGAGGUGUGCGAGAGAGUUUUCGGUUUGGCCGUGGUGACUAGUGUUCUGUGUGUCGGCUCGGUUCUGGGAAAGUACGUCAAAGGAAUCGUCAAUACCAAAGAGGACUGGGUUUUCCUCACGAGGUUCUGCUUCCUCACGGAUUUUGGGCGAUUGGACUUUCGGUUUCGAUACCCCAAGUCACGCUGCUGUCAGAACAUACUGCUGUAUUUUGAUGACAGCUCUCAGUGGCCCGCAGUGUACAAGAGGCCCGACAAGGACUGCUACCAGAAGGAGGCAGUAUUAAGACCUGAGAAUAACCAGGUUAUCAACCUCACCACCCGCUACACCUGGUCUGGCUGUAUGGUGGAGGGCGAGGGGGCAGAGGAGACCCUCAGCUGUGUGGGUGGCCGCAGCUUCCGUUCGGUGAGGGAGAGAUGGUGGUACAUCGCUCUCAGCAAGUGCGGGGGGGACGGGCUGCAGUUGGAGUACGAGAUGAAACUGACCAAUGGGCAGUCUUUCUGGACUCAACACUUCUCCGCUGAUGAGUUCGGUAUCUUAGAGACAGACAUCACCUUCCUCAUCAUCUUCAGCAUCGUCUUCAUGCUGUCCUGCUACUUCGCUUACACUCUGAAAGGAAGGCAGCUGCUCCACACCACCUACAAGAUGUUCAUGACGGCUGCUGGAGUGGAGGUGCUCAGCCUGCUGUUCUUCUGCAUAUACUGGGGCCUCUACGCCAGGGACGGGGUGGGGAACAACGGCAGCCUGAAGAUUCUGGGGAAAUUACUCUUCUCUGUGAGUUUCCUGGUCUUCCUGCUGAUGCUGAUCUUGCUGGGGAAGGGCUUCACAGUGACCAGGGCAAGAAUCAGCCAUAGUGGCUCCGUCAAGCUGUCAAUCUACAUGACCGUCUACACCAUCACCUAUAUUAUUCUCUUCAUAUAUGAGGCCGAGUUCUUCGACCCGGGCUGGGUCCUCUACGCGUACGACAGUCUGGCCGGCUACGGGCUGAUGGGGCUGCAGCUGCUGGCCUACGUGUGGUUCUGUUACGCCGUGCUGAUCUCCCUCAAGCACUAUCCCGAGAAGCAGCCCUUCUACAUCCCCUUCUUCACCGCAUACACUCUGUGGUUCUUUGCGGUGCCUGUCAUGGCUCUGAUUGCCAAUUUCGGGAUCCCGCGUUGGGCCAGAGAAAAGAUAGUCAACGGAAUCCAGCUGGGAAUCCAUCUCUAUGCCCACCUCGUCUUCCUGGCUAUCACACGACCCUCUGCAGCCAACAAAAACUUUCCGUACCACGUCCGGACGUCCCAGAUAGGGAUCCUGCUGUCGAGCCCUGAUGGAACCGGGGCAGAGAGCUUUCCCCACCACGCCUAUGGGAACAGCUCUUUCCUGGGGGACUCCCAACCCAACUUCACCGAGCUCUUCUCCAUACACUCGGGCACGGUCAAGUCAGUGGAGGAGACGGUGGCCCGGAAGGGUCAAGCUGUGCCGAGGAACAGCGAGCAAAAGAUCAUCACCACGACGGCUGAUCUGACCAUCCUGCCCCCACCCCCUCCGCCUGUGCCCGCCCGCGUGUCCUCCAACUCUCCCCCGCCACCCAGACUCUCCUCCCACUUCACCGAGUAUUUCAGCAUGCAGGGGGGCGGGAGCGUGGGAUCAAAAGCAUAACCGAGAGAGAAAGAGAGAGAAAGAGAGAGAGAGAGAAGAGGGAGGGGAGGGUCAAGCUACAGUGAGAAAGAGAGGGAACAUCAGGAAGGUAAGAGAACAGAGGGGUAAAGAGGAGACAAGGAUAUAAGAUGAGGUUUACAGAGGAACAGCAUAGGGAAGGCACUCUGCAGAGGAGAAGGAAAGGAGAGUGGGAGGGAUGUUCUGUACCGUUUAGGCCAGGAGGGGUGAGAGCUGGACCUCAAAAGAUCUCAGAAGCAAUAAAUAUUUCCUCAAGAGCUUAGAGUGAAGAAAUGGGAAUCCACACUAUGGAUGUAGACAGUAGAAGACUGGCACUAAAAUAACAUGUUGGCAGAGAGCCAGGGGUCUGACUGCAAAAAACAAAAGAAAACAGAACAAGCGGGAUAAAGACAGACUGCAUGAAAACAUUAUUUUAAGGAAAUGUUACAUUUUGUUGGAAAUCUUUCAUUAUUAUGAAGCAAUGUGUAAAUAGUUGCAAUGAAUUUCAGAGCGUGCACUUACAGUGCCAGGGUUUCCAAUACAAAAAGGGAAGCAUUUUUUUAUUGCUUUUAGGUUGAAUUCAAAAUGGUGCUGUGGUUGUUCAAAUUCUCGUGCCAUCACAAAGUACGAGAUCAAGGCGUCCACUUCCUUCAUUUGAAAUGACACAAACUUGUUCCAUCUCUGCAUGUGACAGAUUUGGAUAAAGCAAACAAAAUUACUCGUAAUAUAUUUUCAGGAUUAAUGUAAUUAAUUUGUACGUAGAUUGCACUACACUGAAUCAAUAUGGGAUGUUAAUGUGUGAAAUGUCAAGUAUUCUGUGGAAAUCUUUACAGUUGUUGUGAACAUGCAUGUCUGUACCCGUUCCGAACGGAUAUAUUCAGCCUUUUCUUGUGGCCGUUAAGAUAAUGCUUGUUCCCUGUACAUCCAUUAUUUUGUUUCAGGUCAGAAUGUCUAAUGGCUUCACUUGUCAUUUCCAACAAAAUGCACUACGGUACUUUAGCACAGUGAGUCACAGGAACGUACACGAGUGUAAUUUAAAUUAAUGAGAUCAUCAUACUUGUAGCUAUAAGUGAAUGGAGGGUAUUAAAAGUACGUAAUGUAAGGUAUUUUUUCAAUGCCAUAUUGGUUUUGAAAGUCAGGAUACACGAAAAAAGGGAAAGGUUGUUUUGAACAAUAGAAAGGAUGUAAUUUCAUGGUCACCCUGUAUUUAAUGUGCAAAAUGUGAAGUCUAUAGAUAACAAUAACCUUUGGUACAACACAUUCAAAGGAGUUGCAAAUGAUUUCCCUUAUUCAUUGAAAUGUACCAUCUUACAUGUAAACAUGGUUAACCAUUCGUUUACAAAGAUAAUGGUCUAUUAAUUCUGUUUAGAGCACUUUAAAGUCCCUCUAUUGUCUGUCCGUUUCACUAUGGCAACACAGGCCAAUGUGACUUGUAGCCUGGAGAUUGGCUAGUUUGAGAAAAUUUGGAAACACGUUAUAUCUGUUAAAAUGUAUGACAAAUGUCAAAAUGUGGUCUGUGUGUGCAAAUUAAACACUCAUUUGUCAUUUGCAA